AUGUACAUUGCAGAGUAUCCAGGCUCACUUGGGUCCCUCCCUCUGUCAUUAUUUCUCGGCUGCUGGACGAAGAGGGCGGCGUGGCGCUGCGGUGCUUUCCCCCACCCCCUCCUCCCCCGCGCUGCCGCGGCUGCUGCUGCUGCUUGUGACCGCACUGUUGCCUGCUCACUGUUUCUCUUUGCGUCUGCGAAGCCCACGCCGAACGCGCAGACAGGGCACCGCAAGCUUACAACAUAUACGGAAUCACAAGGUGAAGAGUCAGCAAAAAAAGAAGGACACAUAUAUUUUGAAAAAGAAAGAAAAAACGGAAAAUACAGCAUUGCAAAAUAA